GGUCGGAGUGACGUGUGGGCUGCGCGCGCAGUCGAGCUGACACUUUUGCGGAGCGCCCACAGCGGAGACAGACAGCGAAGCGACAAACGACUGUUUGGCUGUCUGCUGAAGUGAUCCCGCCAUGCGUGAAUACAAGCUAGUGGUGUUAGGCUCUGGAGGUGUGGGCAAGUCCGCUCUGACAGUUCAGUUCGUGCAGGGAAUCUUUGUGGAAAAAUAUGACCCGACAAUAGAAGACUCGUACAGAAAGCAAGUGGAGGUAGACGGGCAGCAAUGUAUGCUUGAAAUUCUCGACACAGCCGGAACAGAGCAGUUCACGGCAAUGAGGGAUUUGUACAUGAAGAAUGGCCAAGGUUUUGCCCUGGUUUACUCCAUCACAGCGCAGUCCACCUUUAACGACCUCCAGGAUCUGAGGGAACAGAUUCUACGAGUCAAGGACACCGAAGAUGUGCCAAUGAUCCUGGUGGGCAACAAGUGUGACUUGGAGGAUGAGCGCGUGGUGGGAAAGGAGCAGGGCCAGAACCUGGCCAGACAGUGGAACCACUGUGCCUUUUUAGAGUCCUCUGCCAAGUCAAAGAUCAACGUCCUCGAUAUCUUCUAUGACCUGGUCAGACAGAUAAAUAGGAAAACGCCAGUGGAAAAGAAGAAGGCAAAAAAGAAAUCCAACUGUGUGCUGCUUUAAAGACCCUCCCAUCCUAAAGCCCCUGCAGCAGCUCUGAGCCAGAAAUGCUGUAAUGAAGAACUGUUGCCCUGAUUGGAACAUGCCAGCAUUCCAACAGCCCUGCCCAUCCUGCGGCCCCCCCCAACCACCUGUAUCCCCCCCACUCCACUUUCACUCCAUCAACCACAAACGGUGAAUCAGCUGAGCGCCCAAACCGCUCCUACCCGAGACGAGACAAGGAUGAUGAUGUAUGAUGCGGAGAUAAAAAUCAAAGAGAAAGACAGUCGGCGAGAGACGACUCUGCUCUCUGGCCUCGAGGACCUUCUUCCGGUGUGUGUCUGCUGAAAGGGCACAUUUGCUCCAUUUCUGCAUCAAAAACCAAAAGGCUACAAACUGGUGACAACAGCGCAGGAAAUCUGUUAAAAGAUACAAACUAAAUGUCCAUGAGCUGCCUAGACACGGCUAAAACAACAGCCCCUGCCUGACCCCUCCCCUUUUUCUUUUUUUUUUUUUUUUUUCUUUUUUUUUGUGACACUUUUAACAAAAAAAAUAACAAUUAAGUGAAACAUUAGAAAUGGGAGUCAGUAUUUUUUCCAUCUUUUUCAAUAUAUCGUAUUUGAAAGACAUGAAUUUAGGCGCGUGAUUAUAAAUGUACUUCAAAAACGAGCAUGAAAAAAGUUGCAUCAGUUCAUAAUUGUAGAUGUGAAACCAAGUGGAAAGUGUGAAUCAUUUUUAUUUUUGGUUGGCCAUAAACAUUUUCUCCAUACCUGUCAUGUCAGUGAUGAUAGAUCAAGGUCUAUAAUUUGUAUAUUAUUUUAUUUUAUUUCUUCAGUUUCCCACCUUAUUGUUCAUGGACUUCUACCGAUAUCUCUUUAUCUCUGAUGUGACUUGAUUUUAUACUUAGUCACUGGGAAUUUCAUAGCUCCCAUAAUAUAUUCUAAUGCCAUUUUUUUCUUUUUUUUUUCUUUUUCUUUUUGCAUAAUAAUAAUGCUUCGGACAAAAAUGGGUCUUUUAUAGAAGUAAUAAGGGGCGGGGAAUAAGGAAUGAUUUCUAUGUCUCUUGAAGCUGAAAUAUAUUAUACUAAACCAACUCGAAUAAUGCUUCUUGUGUUUUUCUGUCUACAAUGUUCCAGCGUUUAUGGAUUAUUAAAGUACAUUUUAGUACAUUUUCAUGAUAUUGGUCAAUGUAUUUUUGUGAAUUAAACUUUUAACCAAA